CGUCUAUUUGCUACUCACCUUUCUACUUGAACACACCCUUCACCUGUGCUUCUCGGACGUAUCUUGUUCUACAAAGCUCCAAAUAUGACAAACAGGCGGAGAGCCUUGACGACAGAUGACUUGAUGCAUAUGCAAGAGGACGGCCCUGCGCGUAAACGACGCAAGGGAGAACUCGUGCCAGGGGACGAUGGAGACUCGGACUCUGAAUUGAAGUUUUCCCCUCGCGGCACUACUAGAUGGAACUACGAAGAGGGGAGCGAAGAGGAAAGCGGGGAAGAUUCCGGAAGCGGGAGCGACAGCUCCGAAGAUGAGGAUGAGGAGGACGAAAAGGACGAAGGCUCAGAGUCAGACUCAGCAGACGACACUCGGCCACCAAUACCGAACUUAUCUGACGAAGAUGACAUUUCUUCUUCACGGAUGUCGAUUAUCCCUCGAACCUUGCUUGCCAUCCCUCGAAAACUGCUGACCGUCCCAGUCAAACACUCGGCCUCCUUCGCAGCUAUGAGCAUCUCCUCCCCACUGCUUGCAGUAUUGAACAAGAUGUCCAUCAGGGCACCUACAGAAAUUCAGGCUGCAUGUAUACCACCGCUAUUCCAAGCCGAGGAUUGCAUAGGCAAUGCCAAGCCCGGCUCAGGAAAAACUAUUGCUUUCGUGCUUCCUAUAAUUCAUAGGCUAUCCACCGAUUCUCAUGGUAUUUUUGCCUUGGUUUUAACGUCUACUCGAGAGCUAGCGUUCCAGAUAUCUGAGCAAUUCGCAAUCCUCGGAGCGGCAUUUAACAUCCGGACUGCAGUCGUAGUCGGCGGCAUGGACAUCAUGUCACAGGCCAUCGAGCUGAGCAACCGUCCCCACAUUGUUGUUACGACGCCGGGGCGCAUUGUUGAUCUCCUCCGCACUGACCGGCUGUUGACCUCGACCUUCGCACUGGAAUUGUCAUAUCUAUUCCAGGCCAUCUCGAAGGAGCGGCAGACGUGUCUGUUCACUGCUACAUGGAUGCCAUCCAUCGAGACUGUUGCGGACGCACCACCGAAGCCCGGCAAGCAGAAGCCUUCCGUUCACCGGAUGACUGAGACCGUCGAGACCGUGGCGACACUAAAGCAGUUCUACAUUCUCGUGCCAUCACACGUCCGCAAGAAAGCAGCAAACGCAGUAAAGACAGUAAAGCCCACAAAGGAGACGAAGAAGGCCUCCGCUGGCGACGAAGAGGAGGUCGCGCAGCCGCCGCCGCCAGUGAUCUUCUGCGCGCGCCCGCGCACGGCGGCGUACCUGAUGCACCUGCUGCAGCACAUGCGGAUCCGGAGCACGGCGCUGCACUCGCGGCUCAUGCAGCGCGAGCGGCUCGCGUCGCUGGGCCUCUUCCACGCGAGCAUCGUGCCCGUGCUCGUCUGCACGGACGUCGGCGCGCGCGGACUCGACAUCGCGAACGUCGCGCUCGUCGUCAACUGGGACCUCCCCGGUGCGCCUGAAGAGUACACGUACCGCGUCGGACGCACGGCGCGUGCGGGCAGGGGCGGUGUCACCGUGAGCUUCGUCACGGAGAGGGACGAGGAGAAGGUGUUGAAGAUCGAGGAUCGCAUUAAAACGAAGCUCAGAGAGAUGCAGAUGCGCGAGGAGAAGGUCCUCGAGCAUCUCAAUGCGUUUUCGACAGCAAAGCGUCUCGCCAACGUGGAAUUCCACGAAUCUGACUUUGGGAAGCGGGAGGAGAUCCACAAGAUCAAAAGCGCAAAGAGGAAAAUGGACGUGGCAGGCUCAUAGCCUGUGACUUCUGAUCGCGCUGUCACACAUACACCCGCUCGCGUACAAACGUUCUGGAACUUGAGUCUAAUGAUAUAGGUUACAGUGUUGUACCACCUGAACCUCCAUUCUACUUUUGCAGGGCCUUGAGGAUCUCCUUGCCGAUCAGACUAGCCGAACUGGGAUUCUGGCCAGUGAUCAGGUUGCCGCUGACGACGACCUUGGGGGCCCAUGCCUCGUCAGCCUUAAUGUAGUUUCCACCGAGCUCCUUAAUCCUGUCCUCGAGCAGGAAGGGGACGACCUGUGCGAAGCGUGAGCGU